CAGGAUACCAGAUGAUAAAACGAAAUAGUUAAAAGGACCCAUGCCACACUCGCACAUUUCUCGCUCCUCUCCUCCCACCUACAGCAGCCAUGAUUCAUGGCUUGCCUCUCCUCCAUAGAGCGUCUGUUCGAAAUGCUUCCCGACUCCUGACCUCCGCCCUCCGACCCUCACUCGUCCGCCACAUCCACUCCUCUCAAUUCGAGCCUCUUCGUCCUCCAAAUCCAGCCGAUUUGCCGAAGCCGAAGCCUCCAAGACGUCCGAAGCCCCCGUUCCGCCGCAGGAAAUGGGUGCGACGGCUUUUCGUAGUCUCCGCUAUCCUGGGAGUGGGAUACGUUCUCGACACCCAACUAAACGCUGCCUCCCUUACACGCAGCUUCCGGACUUUUAGGACGGGCCUGCUGGUUGGCGUAGACUACAAGAUUAACUUCCGCGCACACCCUCCACUUGCAACAAGUAUAGAGGCACUGCAUGCACGGAAUGCAGAGCGCGUCUUCGAUCUCUUGCGGCACAAUGGCGGUCUAUACUUGAAGAUUGGACAGGCAAUAGCCAUGCAGAGCGCCAUACUUCCCCCUGAGUUCCAGAAGAUGUUUGCCAAGAUGUUCGACGAUGCGCCGCAGAACGAAUGGCAAGAAGUCCAAAAGGUCGUGCGCGAGGACUUUGGCAGGAGUGUCGAAGAGGUCUUCGGAGUUAGUUUCUCGGGCGAAGAAGGAAAGGGUGUCAUGGAGAAGACGGCACGUGCAUCGGCUAGUGUUGCGCAGGUACAUUGGGCGCGGCUGGUCGAUGGCCGGGAAGUCGCAGUUAAGAUCCAGAAAAGGGAGAUCGCAAGGCAGGUUGGCUGGGACCUGUGGGCUUUCAAAGUUAUGGCGAGGGCGUAUACCUGGUGGUUUGAUAUCCCUAUGUAUAGCCUCGUGCCAUAUAUCUCAGAGCGGUUGAUGCUGGAAACCGAUUUUGAGAAUGAAGCGGAUAAUGCUGAGGAGAUGAGGAGGCUGGUCGCUGGGGAGAAGAGACUCAAUGGGAGGGUGUACAUACCCAAGAUCUACCGAGAGCUGUCGUCUAAGAGGGUUAUGACGGCCGAGUGGAUCGAGGGCGUACGACUGUGGGAUAAGGCGGGCAUCACGAAUUCAUGGCAGGGUGGGUGGAAGGGCAGUCCUGGAGCAGGUGGUACUGCGCUUCCGCCUGUUGCAAAAAACAACAUCAAGUUCGAUUCUAAUGUCCCAGAGGACGCGCCCAGAAACGAGCUCUUUAAACCCGAUAGGUCUUCCUGGCGCGGUGCGAAUGGGGAAGGCGGCCUUGGUCUGUCUCUCAAGUCUGUCAUGCAAACUAUGGUCGACCUCUUUUCUGCACAGAUGUUCCUCUGGGGUAUAGUCCAUUGCGACCCCCAUCCUGGUAAUAUCUUCAUCCGACGCCUUCCCUCUGGACAGCCCGAAGUCGUUCUCAUCGACCACGGACUGUACAUCCACAUGAAUCCCCAGUUCAGACACCAAUACGCGUUGUUCUGGAAGUCGCUACUAGCUUUUGACAAUGACACCAUCAGUGAUAUAGUCAGGAGCUGGGGGGUCAACAGCCCCGACAUCUUCGCUUCCGCGACGCUCAUGCGGCCUUACCAGGGAGGAGACAAUUCUACCCUGAACGAGCUUCGGAAAGACAGACAGGGUAAAGACCAACAAGAACGCGCCUUUGAAAUGCAAGUCAAGGCACGCGAUGGUGUCAAGCAGAUCCUAGGCGAUGAAACGAAAUGGCCUCGCGAACUCAUCUUCAUAGGUCGGAAUCUCCGCAUAGUACAGGGGAACAACCAAUUCCUAGGCUCACCGGUGAACCGCAUCAAGAUCACCGGCCUCUGGGCCUCAAGGGCGUUGGCAGAGAGCAGAGAUCUGGGCUGGGGAGAGCGGUGGAGGAAUUGGGUUAAACAUCUGAGAUUCAAAGCAGUGUUGGUGCUAAGUGACGUAGUAUUCCUGUGGUCGAGGUUGAAGCAGGUAUUGGGGGUUGGUCGAGGCAUGGAGGAGGAAAUUGAAGAAAGGAUGAGAGUGAUGGCGAAAGACUUUGGGGAUUUAAGCUUAUCCUGGAUGUAUGGUAUGGAGUACUCUCUACGGAAGGCAUUCUCCACGUUCACUAUGUCAUCGCGUUCAUUGAAGUCCUGGAGGGUUCAACAUCAUGUAAGAAAUAUGAAAGUUGCCGAGGUCCAACUUGCGUCAGCUUGCGCGAGCUACCUCGAACUGAAUCUACAAGGGAGCAUCUCAACCUUCCUAACAUCCCCAUUCUUCUCAACAAUUGAUUAA